UAUUGAUGACAGCGAGGUAUGGUCGGAGAACAGGAUAGAACGAGAGGGUAAAAGAGGGAGACGAGAGAAGGUUUCCUCUUGGGGAGAAGACAAUGGCGGAUCAAUACCUGUUGGGAGCCGUCGUCGCUUCGAUCCUAGGGUUCCUCCUCCUGCACGUAGGGUUCCAUGGCUGGAAGGGGAGGGCGCGUCGUACUGCUGGAAAGUGUGGUUCCGGCCCGGUGGUCCCCGGAGACGGGGGAACCGAAGUUAUCAUCGUGGGUGCCGGCGUUGCCGGCUCUGCCCUCGCUUACGCGCUGGGGAAGAAAGGAAAAGACUUGGUUUCUGCGACGUGUACCCCGUUUGUUGCGAUUCUUGCGUCUGUGGAGCUUCUCUUUUACCCGCCUGCUAGAUGGUAGACGUGUCCAUGUCAUCGAGAGGGAUUUGUCUGAGCCUGACAGAAUUGUUGGUGAACUUUUGCAACCAGGAGGCUACCUAAAAUUGUUAGAGCUAGGCCUUGAGGACUGUGUCGACGAAAUUGAUGCUCAGCGAGUCCUUGGUUAUGCUCUUUUUAAAGAUGAUAAAAGUACCAAACUCUCAUACCCUUUGGAGAAAUUCCAUUCAGACAUUGCUGGGAGGAGCUUCCAUAAUGGGCGUUUCAUCCAAAGGAUGAGAGAGAAGGCAGCGUCCUUGCCUAAUGUUCGGUUGGAACAGGGAACCGUGACAUCCUUGAUUGAAGAAAAUGGAACAGUCAAGGGGGUAGUCUACAAGACCAAAUCUGGUGAAGAAUUCAAAGCUCUUUCACCUCUUACAAUUGUAUGUGAUGGCUGCUUUUCGAAUCUGAGGCGCACACUCUGCUCUCCUAAGGUGGAUGUACCUUCUUGUUUUGUUGGUUUGGUUCUAGAGAACUGCCAACUUCCUUUUCCGGAUCAUGGGCAUGUUAUCUUAGCAAAUCCUUCACCAAUAUUGUUUUACCCAAUUAGUAGCACUGAGAUUCGCUGUUUGGUUGAUGUACCUGGACAGAAGGUACCUUCUAUUGCUAAUGGUGAAAUGGCAAAUUAUCUGAAGACGAUGGUGGCACCUCAGGUUCCAACCGAACUGCAUGAUUCUUUUGUAGCGGCCAUUGACAAGGGAAGCAUUAGAACUAUGCCAAACAGAAGCAUGCCAGCUGCUCCUCAUCCAACAGCUGGUGCCCUCUUGAUGGGCGAUGCAUUUAAUAUGCGCCAUCCUCUGACCGGAGGAGGAAUGACAGUGGCCUUGUCUGAUAUAGUCGUGCUACGUAAUCUUCUUAAGCCUCUACAUGAUCUUCAUGAUGCUGCCGCUCUCUGCAAAUACCUGGAAUCCUUCUACACUUUGCGGAAACCGGUUGCUUCUACAAUAAACACUCUGGCAGGCGCCUUGUACAAGGUAUUCAGUGCAUCACCCGAUCAAGCUAGGAAUGAAAUGCGACAAGCCUGUUUCGAUUAUCUGAGCCUUGGAGGUGUUUUCUCAAGUGGGCCAAUUGCUUUACUCUCUGGUCUUAAUCCCCGCCCCCUGAGUUUGGUUGCGCACUUCUUUGCCGUUGCUAUCUAUGGAGUUGGCCGUCUAUUGUUGCCCUUUCCUUCGCUGGAGAGAUUGUGGAUUGGAGCUAGACUGAUUUCUGGUGCAGCAGGUAUCAUUUUCCCGAUUAUUAAAGCAGAAGGCGUCCGGCAAAUGUUCUUCCCUGCUACUGUCCCUGCAUAUUAUAGAGCUCCUCCUGUUAAUUGAAACAGUGGAAAAUGUUUGUGCCCAUAUACGGAGUCAAAUCUGUAGCAUCUUUGCCCUUAUCACAUGUGCCAUGUUAAAUUUUCAUUUAUGGGAAUGCAAGUGAUGUUUGCUACUGGUCUAGUAAGCCGAGAUUGCUGGGAAUUGUACUGUAAUUUUGACUAGCUUUUGUGGUUUAUCUCAACCCAACAUCAACUCAGUUGCACUUUGACUCCUCAA